AUGAAGUUGCCCGCGGGUGCUGGAGAGAAGGAUGAAGAGGAGGAGGAUGAAGAGGAGGAGGAGGAGGACGCUGCUGGAGCAGAGGAAGAAGUAGAAAAAGUGGCGACAGCCUUGUUUCCCGUCGCUUAUGAUGGCAUCCAAAAGUCAAAACAUCUCAGCUCGGCUAGCAGCAACUCAAGGAAGAGGAAGAAGAUAGUGAUGAUAGUUGAUGAUACCAGCGGCAUCGACGACCGCGCCAGCCAGCUUCAGCCCGCGCCAGCCAAUCCCUUAACCCUUGCAGACAGACGGGAGAAGCAGCAGCAGCAGCAGCGCAAAAAAGCAAAGAAGAAGCAGACGAGAAGAAGAAAAGAAGACGCACGAGAAGAAAAACCUCCUUCUAACCGCCGGCCAAGCACCAGAAGUUUGGUUUCAGCUUUAAAAAGACCGCUGAGACGGGCUUCUGGCGGCCAAAUUUCAUGCCUUGUGCAUAUAUCCUACGGCGUCUCCUGGCCCCCCAGACCAAAGCUGCCCCCAGCGACUGGCAGCCAAUUGAUUCUUUAUUUCUGCAGGCCUUUCAGACAGAAAGGGGGCUCCCCUUUGCCCCUUGUUCUGCUGUUUGAGUUGCCAAUAAUAGCUUUGUCGGUGUCAAACAAUCCACUGCUACUUCCAUACAACUAG